AUGCCAGCCGUCACUUCAUCACCACAAGCCGCACAGACGGCGAGCAAACUUACCUAUGCGUUUGCACCUUCGCCUCUGAAAGCCCCAAAUAACAUUCCAUCGCUGCCCGCCAUUCCUCCGCAAAUCGGUUCGAUAUCCAGGACAUAUCGAUCAAGAAUUCCAGCUAAAUUAGCCACCGUUAGCCUGGUUGGAAGGUGAGUUUCUUUGAAUUUCGUGUGAUUUUUUACAAAGAGGCAUGCUGUCCGUUUUCAUUUUGUUACAGUUAUGUACAUGAAAGAUAAAAACUCAACGAACUUUCUAUAAGCUCACAAAUGAUACACAGUUCGUUGAAUACAAGUCUUCACACAAGUCUUAUUACUUAUAAUAACCUCUAAUUUUGCCAUUUAUAGGAGAGAUCGUUCUAAAAAUGCUCCAAGUGUCUUUUUCGAAGAAAAGCAAGGUGAAACUUUUGCAAGUAAGUCUCCUGUUUAACCUUUCCAAUGUGCUAGUAUCUAUUAGUAUUAAAAACAGACCAUGUUAGUUAAAAUAUAUAAAUUCGUUAAACACUUGUACAGACUCUUUUGACCACAUGCGAACGUGUAAUAUUUAACUGACAUGGUCAGUUUUAAAGCUUUUUAACUUAGCUGUGGGCAUGUAAACUUAAGUUUGUGUAAUUUUUUAUUUAGUCUAUUACAAUGUAUGAACUGAAUGAAAUUAUUAAUUAAUUCUUUGUACGAGUGUUUAAGUAUGAGAUCAUGGGAUAAUUAUUGGAAUAUAAUCAGUGGCAGAUUCAGGUAAUCAACCAAGUGGGGCAUCACUCAUCAAGACCCCAAGAAUUAAAAGCUAAGAGGAGGCCCAACCUCAAAAAUAACGUUUCUCAGCCCUGCGGGCUUCAGCAUGGCCUAAAAAUAAGGAGGGUGCCUGCGCUACUUCAGGCCCUCUGGUAGAUCUGCCUAUGAUCAUAUAAUCUCUGUGCUGGUAAAAGUGGAAGUGUGUGGAAAAAUUUAUUGUCAUGCACUGUAGGUGUGGUUUUAGAUUUCUCUGUACCUAUAUAUGCCAGGAAAAAACAUAUGGCAUGAAUAUUCCUUGUCAGCUGUGUUGAACAACUCAUACUAACUGAAUCAACUUAAAUCAAAGUGGCAUGUAUCAAAAUGACUUUGUAUUUCCAAAUUCCAGUUCGUCCAGGAAUCAGGUAGACGAAGAACCACUUUCUGGAUGUGCUACCUCCAAAUUAUUAUUUAUUUUAUUUAUGUUAAUUAUUUAUGUAUGAAAACAAUCAGUAUCAGAAGCAUUACUGGAUACAAUUUUCAAAGUACUGUGUGUCAGGCAGGGAUACACCUUCUUCAAGUUCAGGAUUAUUUUAUUUUAUAUAAUACAGUGAUAAUGUAGAUGGAUAUUUCGCCAUAGACUGUUGAAUGAUGUUUGAUUUGUUAUGAUUGCAAACUUUUCCAGGCCUAGAGGAGUGCAUGCAGUCACGGCCACCAUUACAACUUGACUUAACUGGUCCAAAGCCAACAACUUAUGACCCCCCAACAACCCUACCAUGGGAAACAUCUUCACCAAGUUACACGAUGCGACCCAAGACUCAGCCAGAGAGAGGUAAUUCUACGACAGUUCAUACGCUGUGUGACAAAUAUGGGGAGCAAGGGAUGGCGCAGUGGUGGGAGCACUCGCCUCCCAUCAAUGUGGCCCGGGCUCAAAUCCUGGUGUUGACACCAUAUGUGGGUUGAGUUUGUUGUUGUAGGCCUGUGCUCUAGCAGAGCCCUGUGGCCCCUGGUGCCCAACUUUUGCUCCUGGACAACUAGAAAAUCUCAUAUUUUUCAUACAAAUCAUAUCCUGGGCACCCUAGUUUUUACAGGUUCAUAGCACUGGGCACCCUUCCAUUUUCCUCAGAGCACAGCCUUGUGUUGGUUCUCUCCUUUUCUCUGAGAUGUUUUUAUUGCCGUUUUCCCCUCUCCUCAAAAAACCUACAUUUUUAAAUUCCAAUUUGACCAGGAAUGGUAGACAAAGAACCACUAUCUGGGUGUGUUACCUCUAAAUUGUUGUUAUGAUUAUGAUGAUGAUUAUUAUUAUUAACUUUUUUUACCCAUGCUCUGGUUUCAUUUUACACAUUCUUAAAGUACAAAAACAUACCAUAAAAUUCUGAAAAUAAGCCCCGGGGCUUAUAUUUUUCAAAGGCCCUUUUUGAGGGGCUUAUUUUUGGAGGGGCCUAUAUUCGGAGGGGCUGAUCUACAGAGGGAAAUUUGCAUCUCAAAAUCGAUUGGGCUAGCCUUAUAGUUGGACGUAAAUCUACCAUUUUUGCUUUGUUUUACUUUGUAUAUGAGGGCAGUUUUCCAAUUUCAAGCCCCCAGGGCGCUUAUAUUUGGAGGGGCAAUUUACCAGAGAGUUUUUUAUGUUACCGGUUUGAGGGGCUUAUACAUGGAGGGGCUUAUUUUCGGAAUUUUACAGUGUUUUAAAUCUAUUCUAAAUAUCUACGAAUACAAAAGUGAACGAAAAAUUUUUUUUUACAGAAAUAUCGCUUCCCAUUCAUAAAAUACUUAGAAUACACUCUAAUGUUUCAAUGCUAACCCAAAAUGUUAAGCAACAUAGCUACAGUUGAACCUCUCUACAACAGCCACCGUGGGAACGGAAGAAAUUGGCCAUUGUAAAAGAUGGCUGUUGUAGACAGUUUUUAAACAAGGUUCAAUGUAUGGAUUUUUUGUCCACCGGAACGAAAAAAGGUGGCGGUUGUCGAGAGGUGACCAUUGUAGAGAGGUGGUGGUUAGCACUUUUUUGAAAGCAUUUCACCAUAGAGAGAAUGAAUCUGCUGCUCAUGUCUUAUUUAUUGAAGAUGAAUUUGUCUUAAGUUUCUUUUUGACAUGGCAGUCCCUUGAGAGUUGAGCAAUAACCAAUGAGAUUCUGAGUUUAGUUUUCUCAUGGUGAGGACUCAGCUAGAAAUACAUGUAUUGACUCAGCAAAUUAUAAGUAAUAGCAAUUACUUGCCCACAGUUUUUUUACAAAGCUUACAAUGUAUUUCUUUGCAGACCAAGGUGGUGACAGAGUUGCUUGGAGCAAACAGUGGAUUGCCAGUCCAGAUAUCUGGACAUACAGAGCUAACUUUGAUAGUCGGGUAAGAACUUUUCCAAGAACAGUAUUAUUCGCCUUUCAUUUAUUUUGAUGAUCCUUAUUCUAUGAUAAGCUUUGUUACAAUGCUGUCAUCAUUUUUCAACCACAGGAGUGGAGGGGACAUUCAUCAAGAUUUCUUCCCAAACACUAUGAUUUGUCAUCGCUUUACUCUUUACACGUAGAUUGUAUUACUUUAUAGUUCUGUGCUACAAGUCUGUUGUUAGUUUAAUGUUUGUAGAGGCUUUUGCAAGAGCAAAUUAUAAUCCAUCUUGUGAAAUUACACAAGCCGUUUCAACAAAUAUACUUUGAUGGUUAUUCUUGUUCAAAGAGCAAUUGGUUUAAACCGAAUGUCUUUACUUUAACAUGAAAUUUUGACAAACAAUUGUCUUUAAAGUCAUUUAGGGCUGUUAGAGGCUAAAAGCACUGCAACAUUUAUGGUUUCUGUUUUUCAGAUUUUAUUAGUACACAUAAAUUCCAUCAGUUCAUAAAAGGAAAUUAAUUAUGUGGCUGUAAAGGUGAUCUGUCCUGAUAAUUAUUUGUUUUUGAGGGUGUUUUCAAUUAAUUUGUUAAUUUUGUAGUCUCUUUGUUGUUAACAGUACACGUGGCCAUCACCAGCUCAUUACUCAUCAAGACCCACUGUUGGAAGUCCUCAGUUCCUAUUAAGCCAGUCGCCAUCACACACAUUUGGCAAAAGAAGAGAAUUCUCAAUCAGCAAGAAAGGUGAAACAUCACUAUGACAUUACCAGUCUUCAUAGCUAAUAACAUCAUGGCUUAACGGACAGACGACCAAUAACAUUGUGACUUAAUUGACCAAUCAGGUCAAUAACCAGAGUAGCCUGCUGCUGACGUUUUCUCCCAGAGAAGCCCAAUGUCAAACUUCAACAAAAAUUUUCAAAGUUGUGCUUUUUUAUUCUUUUACUUUGUAAAAUGCAAAACACAGCCCUAUUGGCUCUCUUGGCAUGUUUACCUUUACUGUCACUUGUACUUGAUACAGUGUAAUCUUUCUCCUUUAUUCCAUAGGUUCAGAAGAUGAACCCGCCCCAAACCAGUAUGAUUACAAGAAAGGCAAAGAUCAGUCAAUGAGAAGAUCACCCUCAUAUACCAUUCAACAAGGCAGGAGGGGUGGUACUGUGUUUUGGAUGGCUAGAGGUUAGUUUACUUACUGUGCAAAACUCAUUUUUUUAUCAUGUACAGUAUCUGUGAGUGGGUUAAGUCCAGCUGCUGAAUGACUUCAUAUAGCAUGUUACAGUGGAACCACAAUAUAAUGAACCCAGGGUUGUCACUAAGAUUUCAAGUUGCCAGGUAAAUACAACAAGUAGGCGGGGAAUCAAAUGGCUAGGGAUUUCUUUUGGUUCUAUUUUUCUUCUAUUUUCCAAUAAAAGUAGCCGGGGAAAAUCCUCGGCCCCCAGCUCUUAAUGACAACCCUGUGAACCUCUAUGUAACUUAAGUCUGCGGCAAAACAAACGAUUUUCUUUACCCCAGUAAUAGUAAAACACAUGGAAAAGAACCGUAAUACAGUGUAUAACAAACCCUCAUAAACAGAAAACAUUAUGCUAGCCCCUUGGCCCUACGUUGGGACGGACCAUUAGAACAAUUAUGGGUGUGGGGGUGGGGAAUUUUCUAGCCGCCUGAAUUUUUUUUCAUUAUGAUUUUCCUUGCAUUAAUGUUUUUAGGGCUAAUUGGCGUGCAUGAUUUUUUUCCAUGUAAUUUUUCCUUGUGCAAACAUUUUUUUUGGUUCUUCAACCCCCUCUCUAUAAGUUUUCUAAUGGUCUAUCCCUUACAUCAAGGAUCCACUGUUAACUAGACCUCCAGCGGUCAUCCUUCUUUCCUCUGAGCCGUGCGCAGCGAGCGAAAAAUUAAAUUUUUGCAAUUAUUAAUGGCAAAAGGAGAAAAUGCAUGUACAGUCUCGCAGUCUAUCUCUUAACUUAUUUUUUGUAUCAUUCACAUAAUUAUCCUCCCCCUAGACCAAAGAACCUUGGUGUGCAAGGGUAAUGAGUUAAGGGAAUGGGGCUAAAAAUCGCAAGGAGGUGGCAUUCUUCCUCAGCCAAUAUUCCCAUUUUUCCCCAUCAAGGCGCCUGCUACCAAGCUACACUGUUGGCGUCUGGCUGGUCUAAAUUAAUGGUAGAUAGAUGCACAAAUAGACAGACGCAAUCUGGUAGGGCUGUCUGACAACAAUGGAUCUGUCUGAUCUUAGAGGCCAAGAGUUGGAGGUGGGGGUAGAUGUAUGGGAGGGUUGUCUCUUUUAUAAGCCACAGGGGGGUGUACAUGUAAUACAAGACGUGCACCACCCCACAGGGUAUGCAUAUUGAUUUUGAGCUGUUUUUGUGUAGUACAUGUAUCGUUUCCCUGGUUUGAGAUACAUGUACAUGUAAAAUUAAUGUUCUUAAAUUCGUAUCAUUUUGUAGGUAAGUUUAUCUAUUAACUUACACAGCUUUGUUAUAACUUUCAACAGAGCCCGUGCCAGGUCCAGGGUCGUAUAAUCCACGGGUGUAUCGCACAAGCAGCAAGCGCUGUGCUCCUUCCUUCUCACUGUCAAGGUCACCCAGAGAGAUAGGCAUCACAAGGAACUGCACAUUCUAAAGUAACAAUCAUGAUCUCCAAGUCGUGGACAUAAAGCUGUGUGAACUCAGUUCAGACUACAUUUGAGGGUUUUCCUAGAUAUCGAAGACAACGUAAAGAGAAUGUAACUACUCCGAGAGUGUUGUGAUCUAUUGUGGAGCCAGGUUAAAACUGCAUCUGUUUACCAACCGAUUGAAUUGUCAGGGAUGUUUUGCGGGGAAGUUUGUCACGCAAUCCUUUGCCAUACAAGAGAUGUAGAUUUGUUUGUUAGAGGUUGUAAAAGUUUUAUUUUUUAACAAGAGGUUAAUGAACUUUGUUUAGAUAAAGUGUGUACAAAUAUUUAUGUAAUAUUUUAUAUAUCUUGAAUAUUAUGUAGGCUUUUACUUGUAAAGUGUGAGAAGGCGAAAUUAGAAGAAAAUUGAAUAAAAGUUUUAUCAUAUUAAGGCCUGAAAGUUGGCAUUUGUUUGAUGAAUACCCACUGGUUUCCACCUUUUACCGCUGUUCUGUUCAUAGCUCUUGAUGCAUGAACCUCUUUGAAAUUACUUUUACAUACGUACGUAUAAAAUGUUUAAAAAUUAGGAUGUUCAGUUUAGACAGUUUAAAUAUGAAGUUAUUGUUGCAUUUUGAUUAUUGUUCCAAGCGUUUUUUUGCUGCCUUAGCUCUUCUACUCUCUAUUUAGCCGGGUGUUAAGUUUUUUUUUUCAGUUUUUGUGUUUACGAUGCAGUUUCGCUCAGGUGGAAAAAGUCGGUCCUUUAGCUAUGUCUGCCACUGUUCCCAUAACAACAGUAAGCUUGGCUUCUCUCUGCCCGUUACAGUCCAGUAAACAUAAACAAACGUUUAAUUGUGUACCAAAAAAAUAUCCGUUGAAACCCUGAGAAGUGACGCGUAAAUUCCAAUUAAAUAUAGGGCGUCAUAACAAUACAAUCAUUCCAAACUCUAGGACACUAGUCGAAAAAAAGUACAAUUUUACGGUAUUACGUACUCUUAAGUAUGAACAACGAAUACAGUAAGUAGCAAUGACUAUAAAUCUCCUUUUAAAAAGAUUAGUUCCUUUAAGUCGAAAGCGCUAAAUCGCCUAAAAAUUCGUGACGUUAUACAACCCGGGGUUACUAAAGGUCAUGAUAAUUUCAUAUCGUAUUUACAGCUGUUGUCUGCGGAAACAACGAGCCCUGAUUUUGAAUGUAGCGUCCUUUCAUUGGGCAUAAACUGCAGUUUGUUUACGCAGGGUCAUUCCGUUUGAAAUUUGCAGGAUUGAAAUAACCGGAGUUACGAGGAAUCAAGGCAUCUUGCUCAAGAAACAUAAUCAAGUGUCUUUUUGAAGCUCCAGAAGUAUCCCUUGCAGUGGAGAUGGGUUGACCGUUGAAGUAUUGUUUCGAUCGUAGCUGAGAGCGCUUUUUGGCUGUUGGCUCAUUCCGAUACACAGAUCGCGUGGGACUGAAUUAGGCUGUUGCGUUCCAGUGAAAGAUGUCUAUGAAGAACCGAAAUAUACUAAAUAGAGUUUUUUAGGUAAGUUUUGACUUUUUUCUUUGGCAAGCAGGAUUUCUGUGUAUAAACCGCUUUUUGAAUUGUUGUCACGUUAGAUGUUGUUGAUCCGAUGUAAAAGCAAUUGAAAUCCUAGGAGCUCCCAGGGGCACGAAGAACUUUGUGGUGCACUGGGUAUUAUUUUGGCUAUUUUGAUACAUAACAGUUCACCCUAUUUGUAAUUUACUUAUAAAUACUCAGUUUGCUCCCCCCGUACUUCCCAAAAUUUUUUACGAGGUUGUUUUACUUGCAUGCUCUUUUAACAAAAUGAUACGUUUUAAAAAUAUUGUUAUGCAUUAAUUUGCUUAUUUAAAAUUCAACAGUGACAGGUUUCUGUUUUUGAGUUAUCUGUUUUAAAACUUAAAAAAUGGACACAGGUCGUGUUUAUAGUUAGGAACUUAAAUUUGUUAACGGACAUUUGCUCCAUAAAAUAAGUAUCGUUAUUAUUUGAGUUAUACUUGAUUACAAAGCAUAGUAUGGGCAAAAAGAAUUUUCUCUUAGAAAAACUUCUAUUAAUUUUUUUUGUGAGUAGCCGCAUUAUCCCACCCUGUUAUUUUACUCUUCACCGCAGCCUGUUGACUAACUGAGUUCUUUUCAUUUUUCCACCUGGCCAACCCCAUAUUUUAAAUAUUGGCCCCAAUAUUCUUUCCGUGCAGCAAAAUGAUUCGUUAUCCGUCGAGUAGUUUGGAAUUACUUUCCUAAACCGAAAAUGCCAAAAAAAAAAACUUAUGGGAAAAACACCCAGAUUAUAAUCUCUUUUGGCAGGGAAAACGGGUUAGAACCAAACUUUUUGCGAUUACACAAGAUAGCAAGUUUUUCUGAUCCGACAGUAGUUUCUCCCAACCCCCAUCUGAUGAAAACAUUUUUACCGGGUCACUUCGCUAAGAAUUUGGUUCUUUUGGUUUGUUUUUCUUCUGAGAGUUUGUUUGGGAAAAUUGGGCCCAAUUCCAACAAUAAAUGGCACCACGAAAAUCGUUUCUUCAGUUGCAAUGGGCCUGUAUGACUUGCGUAUUGCCGUAAACUUCCGAAAGUAGCGAUGAAUUUUCCGAAAAGAACUAUCUUACGAAAGUGGCGAUGAUAAAGGUAUCUUCCCAGUUUCAGCCUUUUUCAGUCAGAAGAACGUACAUGAUAGAUAUAAAACUGAAGUGACUUUUAUUUUUAAUGACUAUUACCGACUAUAAUGAUAUCUGAGGGUUUUUUUUUUUCAAAAAUCAAUAAUAUAACAUAUUUUCAGAAAGUAUUCGUGUCGUCUCUGAAUAUUCGUUGCAUACGGAGAAUGCGAAUAACGAUAAAACUAUUGAUUUUUUUCCACAUCUUCAGUGAUGGGGUCUAACCAUCCUAAAUUGAAAUAUCAUAGAUUGUUAUGUUAUACUACUGAUAUCAACUUUUUACGUCAAGUAACAAAAUUUGGGUCUUCCACAUAUGUUGCGAUUUUAUUAUCUGCAAACAGUCUAUAUCUUCCAAAAAUCAAGGUUGAAACUAUAAACAAUUUGUUUGAGAAUCGCCUUAUAAAGGUAAACCCAGACAUUUUAGCUACGGCGGAAGGUCCGCAGGAAAAAAGAAGCCAUUUAAAGGUUUACCUCUGGGUUAGAAGCGAAAAAAUAUUUUACAAUUGCGACUGCAUCCUGUCUAUUGCCAGUAACUCUGGAUUUCGAAUUAGGGAUUUUCAUUGCUCGUUACUUUUGUUAAAUUUUUUUGUUUAAUUCUUUUUAUUUUACCUGUGGUAGCUUUUCGUCAAGUAACAAAAUUUGGGUCUUUCACAUAUGUUUCGAUUUUAGGCUUCAAUUUUAUGAUUUUAGUGGCCGGAAGUAGGUUAGGGAGGGGAAAGGCUCUCCGGAUGCUCUACUUCGCUCGCUGGCAGGACGUGAUAACGCUGAGAUAUUUGCACACGCAAACCAUUCUUUUCCUGCAAUUCCCUGAAAUUUUAAAAUGAUAUAAAGGGAAAAUUUCGGCACAAGGAAACUAUACUCGAGUAAGUGUGAAAUGCAACGUUGAUGUCCUAAGAAAGAGGAUGGAAGGAAGUUGCAGCUGGAGCGGAGCGUUUUCAAAUGUUAACUGCGGCAUAUCGAGUAACGGCCAGUAAUUCUGAUAAGGUUGAGGGAAAUACUCGUAACGGACAAAAAAGGAUUGAGAAGAUUUGAAGGAUUAAAAAGGAUUAAGCUGAUUAAAAUCAUGGCGCUGUCCCUGGGCGGAACUAAGAUUUGAUGGGGUUAAGACGGGUAGGGGGGAGUUCACUUGUAGCUGACCUGAACAACGGUAUUUGAGGUAAGAAGAUUGAAAAUGUGUUUCGGGUAAGAGGAAGUUUACGGGAACUCGAGGACCCCCACCCCCAACCCCCUGAAAGGACGUCCACCCUGCCUAGCCUCCUAUAGAUGUCGUACCCGUAAAAGAACCGCUUCAAGUCACACGCGCGAAAUGCGUGACCUGUAAUUCUGAGAAUUCUGAAUCAUGCAAUAUUUUGAGACCAGGUCACGAGUUGUAAAAGGUGCUCUAAUUGUGGCAUGUUCUGCCCAAUCCUGCACGCUUUAAACUACAAGAAAAUAUGCAUACUCAGGCAAAAAAUCUUUUUUCGCUGUGAGGAGUACUUUACCUGCUCAAGGGUUGUCCUUAUGUCUAAUCGAAAGAAAAUCGUCAUUUGCUUUUCUCUGCAGGAGCUGAAAACAAGGAAGUUUUGCCAAGGAUGUCAAUAGCCGCAUGGAUAGUAGCCUACGUACUUCUAGGCCUACUGCUUAUCAUAACACUCGUGUACGUUGGUGUUUUGGUUAUGAGAGCAUAUACCAUUCGAAAAGAAAAUCGAAUGAAAGCUUCAAACUACGGCUUCAUCCUCUCGCCACCUCCGUCGGAAACUUCGGGAACCGACACACCUCCGAGUCCUAAGCGAUUGGAAGCUUCGGUCAGACCCCCAAGCGAGGCUCCUUUUUCUGGUAAGAUCAUGUCCUUGCCGGAGUAAAUAUAUUUUGCUCUUAUUUCGCUGGCAAAAUAUAUGUCAAAACUCAUCAAAGGCCAGGAAUAAAUAGAAACUAAACUAGUUCUAAGGAACAAGCUCAUUAAGCCUCUUUUCGGCUACCCUGUUAGCCUGCAAAAGCAGCCGCUCGUCCUCGGCGGUGAGGAGUGAAGAGGAGCGGCUGCUUUCACAGGUUACAGGAGAACCCAAAGAAGGAGGUACGUCCCCGUUCUUCUUGGGGGAGGGGGCGGAUUUACAGAAGGUAAUUUUUUGUCAACGCAGCAACCCUUCCCCCUUACGACCACCCCUCUUAGGCGACCACUUUGUCGUUAACUAGCCUGUCCACAGACGUUUUUUCGACGAACUUUGCGAACGCGGAGCGCGAGAACUCACACCCACCCCCUUGCGCCAGCGGUCAAUAAAUUCCCCCCUCGGUUUCUUUUUUUCUUUUUUUGAUACGCGCACUCAACGAUUUCUAAAGAAAAAAUAGGGGGUCUCUUAGCAGGCUAUGUCAUGAUAAUCAAAUUCUUACUGCGUUAUGUACCAGACCAAGAGAUUAUGAUCUCCUGACCAGACCAGUUUUGUUUCAUUCUCUCGUUGCUUUUUUUAGUUGGUGACAUGCGCGAAAUUCGUAUCCAGCCCCUCCUCAUCAGACGCUCCAUUGACUUCCCUUCACCCAUGAGUCCCAGCUCUCCUAGGACACCCAAUACUCCGGGAUUCUUUGAGGACCUCGGAAGCCUGGAUCCUAGUCUUUACACAAUGGUUGCAGAGGUACGUCUAGCUGGAGUACUGUUCGAGUAUUUAGUGUAGAUCCAGCGUAAAACCGGUAGCAAGGAACAAACACAGUCUUAUCAUCCUCUGUGUGUCUAGUUGGUUCCGUCGAUUUUAUUUAUAUUUUUAAUGCUUAAUUUAGUCGCUACGCUAUUUUUUAUGACGAGUAAAACUUGAAAACACUGCCAGUGCAUCAGUGCAUGGGGCGCUCGGGGGAGAAGGGAAAGAAACGCCUGCAAUAACGCUGUUGUUUUACCCUUUCCUCCCCUCGUUUAGAGACCAGCAUCUGCGCUUAAAAAAAAACCAAACAAACAAACAGCGCAAACACAAUAGCAUUCUUGUUCUUAUUUCCUCCUUUUGCUUCCCCUACAAACGCCUUCUACGCAUGCACUCCAGUGCCUGAGUUGCUAAAUUCAACAAUGACAUAAAUAUAGCAAGCUUAGUAUGAAAGUAAAAGCCAAGUUGCUUUAGUACCCUUCUUUUACAAAUUGACAUUUAAAGACCUGAUUUUAUACAGGAGGAUCAAGAGCCUCCUACUCCUGGAGCCCCAGAUGGCCGCUCUUCGCCGUACAAUCUUGGUCAAGCUCAUUUUAUAGUUAAGUUUGAUCAGCAUCGCUCAGUGCUGACUGUAAGACUAGUCAAGGCACUAAACCUGUCUCCAAUGGAAAAAGAAUGGAGCAAACCAUGUAAUCCGUAUGUUAUAGUACAACUUCUUCCUGAUUACCGGCACCAGUUGCAGUCCAAUGUGCAUACGAAAACCACAAACCCUCGCUUCGAUGAAACGUUUGAAUUUGAGGUAAGAUUGAGGCCUAACCUGCCUAGCCUAUAAACAGGCUUUGUUUUCUUUUUCUUUUUAAAAAUCGACGAGCACGCGAACGAGAAAGAAAUUUUCUCCUUUCCCUACUCCACCCCUUGCGCUAGCGGUCAGUAAAUCCCCCGCGGUUUUUAUUUUCGUACGCGGACUCGACGAUCUCUAAAGAAGAAAUAGAUGGUCUGUGAACAGGAUAUCUCCUGCCCAUGAGGCCCCUUUGCGGCCGGACCUUAACCCCGUCGCUGUAGCACGGACCAUCUAAUAAAUGUACUGUUGAACCUCUUCAUAACGGCCACCAUGGGGACAGAAGAAAGUGGCCGUUGUAGAGAGGUUUAAACAAGAGUCAGUGUAUGGACUGUCCGCCAAACAAAGUGUCCGUUGUAGAGAGUUGGCAGUUAGCGGAUGUACGACUGUAUUGCUACUUCUCCUUGUCGGAAAUCUAGUCCAUUGCAGACAUCCCAGGCAGUAUGUCGUUGUUAUCGUUACUACGGAUGGCUUUGCAGAUCUGGCCCCGCCGUUAGUUUUCGCUGAGGGCUUUUCUUGGGUCACUGUUAAAAUUCUCGCCGUGGCAUCAUAUUCUGGGUUAAUACGUUACCAUUAAACAAGUCGCUGCCAUAACCUGUUAUUCUGGCGGGUUACAAGGAAACGUGGAAGCUAUCCUUUAUGCGCCACAGGGCGAGGAAGACGAAAGGACCUAUUAUGAUGAUGAUAAUAUUCCAAUAAGAUUUUUAGGGCUGUUUCAGAGGUCAAACUACAUACUCGUUAUUGGCUGAGAAGGCACUCGUUUCUCCUAAUGAGAAUUGACUGAAAAUAAUGUCCGUCUUAAGAUUUAUAGAGGCAGAGAUUGUUUGAAGUUUUGUUCUCGGCAGUUUGGAACCCAGAUGUGUUACGAAAAGGACUUUCGACUAUGCCAAGCCCGCACUAGUUUCGCCCGCCAUUUUUAACAAACUAUUGAUAAUCUUUUUUGUAACAAAACAUAGCAUUCAAUAAUCUCACUUUCUUUUUACUUUUUAAAAAGUUAUCGUACAAGGAACUCCAACUUCAAACGCUAUGGCUUACGUUUCUCUCAUUUGAUUCGUCGUCGCGUCACGAGGUGAUUGGACAAGUGGUUUUACCAUUAGCGGACUUGGAUCUAGCCAAUGAAAAUGUCUUUAGAACUGAUAUCAGACCGAGUCUUAAGGUAAGUCUUGUCUUUUUAGUUUUGAUAUUUCGAGACCCUCUCUAAACUAAUAAAUAUUGUUUUAUCCGGACGCAAUGUUUCAGAGUUUAAGAACGCGAAAAACAUGAUGUGGACUCAAAUUUUGCUUCCUGAAUUGAAACCACCAUAGGACCAAAUUAGUUCACACACAUUGUGCUUUUCAAAAAGGAAAAACUUUCUUCCCCCACUCUUCCUAGCCAAUAAUGUGCUGCGGCUCAAAAAAAAACAACAACAACAAAAAACAACAAAAGAAAACAACAACAACAACAAGAACAAAAACAGGCAAACUUUGCAUGGGGGAGGGGUAAGAGAAUUUUUGUUUUUCCGCGAAUACCUAAUUAAACUACAGCUUCCUAACAAAUUUUACGCUGAUUCUAGGCAGAAACAAACUUGCUUCUAGGAGGGAGAUUUUCCUCUAAAAUACUGUUUCCGUAAAAGCGUUUUCUAGCUUGACCUAGUUAACGGUUAUUGCUCUUGUUUCUACAGAAACAAGUGUCUUUGGGCGAAAUGAUGGUGUCGCUUGGCUAUCUUAAGUCUGCAGAGAGGCUAACUGUGGUCGUUAUCAAGGCUCGGAAUCUACCGUCAGUUAAUAUAAAGGGAACAGGUUAGUAUUGUGUGAUCGUUAUGGAAGACUCCUUAUGUUGAGCCGUAGGGAGACACUGCAGCAGACUUCCUUUGUUGGGGACCCCGGUAAGUGCUGCACGCACACACUGGCCGAGUGUAACUAUAGUUACAAUUUUUACUAUGAUAAAAGAAUAAAUGAUUAGUGAUUCCUUGUUCAACUAGUCUACGUAGAAGAGAGAGACACGCGAAGGGAGACUCCCCUCGCGGGUGUCCCUCGCGCGCCCUGUUCUUUCUUGCGCCCAUUCCAAGCGCCUGCCACGCAGGCUAUGGCUCAACACUAAAGAAUGUAUUUCUUCUCUCUUAGAUUCGUACGUCAAAGUCUACCUACUGGUCGCAGGAAAACGCGCGAAAAAGAAAAAGACGUCAGUCAGGAAAGGGACACUUAAUCCUGUAUUUAACGAAGCCGUGUCAUUUGAUAUAGCAAUGGACGCUUUAAACUCUGUUGAUCUGCUAUUGUCGGUCAUGCAUGAAAACGAGAUAAUUGGCUGUGUUCCAAUUGGUGCCCAUUCCACUGGCAAGGAGCUGGACCACUGGAGGGAGGUUCGGACUGCUAAUAAACCUAUUGCGCACUGGCAUUCGCUACAAGAUCCCAAAAAAUUCUACUAGGGAGGUAGCCUGCGUAGUAAGCGUUUCCGUUCAAGUUCGUCGAUGAAGUUGGGACGAGAACGAAAAAGAGGAAUGAAUGGGGAAGGGAGGGGACAAAAGGAAAGUUUCUUCUUUUCCUCUCCCCCUCCCCCUUCUUUUAUUAUUUUUUACUUUCGCUCCAACUUUUGCGCAAUAACUCGAUCGGAAAAGCUUGCUACGCAGGCUACUAGGGAGGAGAGCGAACUUGACCUUAUCCGUAUGGAUUGAAGCUAUUGUGGCAUUCCUUACAUAUGUCAGUGGUUCAAUGUUUGUUUUCCCUUGUUUUCGAGUAUGUGAAUGAACGAAAGAGAAUUAAGCAAAGGAAAAGAUGAAUUUUUUACAAGAAUGAAAUUUUAACCAAAUGGUGCGUUGAUCGCAACUUCAAGGUUCACGAAUGUCACAGAGAUCGAGUGUUUUUUUUCAAGCAAGAAAACAGUGGAACCUAUUACUGGGGAAAGAGCUGUACUUAAAUUCCAAUCAGACAAACAACGAUGCCUCCACGAGUUUCAAAUGAGUGCAUGGAUCGACCAGAGAGUUUGAGGCGUUCUGGUUAUAGUGCUCAACAGUUAUUGGAAGCCUCAGGACGAGCUAGAGUUAACCGACUACUGGUGGAGAAUGAUUUAAACACACUUAUUGGCUGGUAUGAAAAUUUCAGCAGUGUGAAGGUCGUUGAAACUACAACUGAAACUACACAGUCAUCAAUCAAUGACAGCUUCUCUUACGCGCUACCAUUCUUGGCCCUAACUAAAAGGGAACGGCUCAUGUGUGACUUUAGUUUAGGCCCGAACACAGGGUGAAACAUUCCUCGUCGUCUGCUAAACAGAACCAUGAACCUCUAGAAUUGUUGCGUGCGAAACAUUAUUGCAGAAUGUGAACGUAGAGUCCCUUUUCGGGGUAGCCAAGUUAGGCGCAGUAAGUUAAUCUUGUCCGCCCAUCUGUAAAAUUUCCUUGCAAUGGGGCAGCGCAACUUGCAGUCCUCAUCCAGUCCAUUUAUCUGCGAGCAAGCUGUCAAUUUGGGAGAGUCGCGAGAAGUCACGCUAGAGCCGCACGCGAUAGCAGACGCGAGAAGGCGCGCGACGGGAUAGGAGACGCGAGUCCCUCGAGGCUUCACGGCUUGCUUCCGGCUUUCUACUUGGCAAGAGCUUGCUCGCAGGCUAGCAAGAAGCUAGCAUUGUUUGUCGCUGGUCAAUUGCCGCUGAGCGAAUGUUACGCGUAAUAACGCACGUAACAAUGUACACGUACCUAAUCACUCAAGUCAAUGGAAACAUGCUGGUUACAAUUUUACUGGUAAUGUUUCUCCGUGUGUACGAGUCUCAGUGCAAAUCAGUCUAUGACUAUGGAAACAUUUCACCAUUAAGAGGUUCAAGAAAAUGGUUGGAGAAAGCGUAUUCGUGGAAAGCCGUAUUUAAUUAUCAAUUCUCUCUUAAUUUUAACAUAAAUAGUUUUAAAUUUAAACAUUUUAAGGAGGAAAUGGAAAAGUUAAAGGGAAAAAAUGGAGAACUACUUUUAGUUUUAGUAGAUACUACCCAGAACGCAACAGAGUGUUUUUAGACGUUGUCAAAUCGAAUUUCAGUUAAGGUUUACUCGAUUAUACAGAAUGCUGUUUAUGUGUGUAUUUUUUCAAUACGUU